CGAAAACCCCAAAUUUUCAAAAAUUAGGUUCAGUGAAAAGGUUUCCAUCCAGUCAUUUCAAAUUCCAGAAACUUGAAAAUUUUAUCCGAGCUUCAGUGUUGCUACUGUACUUGUGUGCUAGACAAAAUUGCUUGAAGUAAAUUGCGUGCGAGUUUUCCUAUGCAAGAGGAAAGAUUGCGAUGCGAGUUCAUUCGUUGUAAUGAUAACAGUGAAUCAGCAAGUAAAAUUUUGGUCUCCGCACUCGUAUUUAACAAGUUUUUAAUUUUAAGGACGCAAAUCCAAUCUUAAGCUGCUAUCCUGUGGUUCUUUGUCUUUCGUGUCGAUAACUGCCGUCUAGUCGAUUGCGGGUUAUUGCAAGCAAAGGUUGCAACAGCAGAAUGCCAUCUUCGAUAGAACCCAUUGUGUUAGUACAUGGAGGCGCCGGAGAUAUUCCGGUGUCACGGGUCGAGGGGAAACUGGUCGGAGUCAAGCUCGCUGCCAACCGGGGAUAUGACAAACUCCUGAAAACCGGCUGUGUUCUGGAUGCAGUGGAAAGUGCAGUACGCAGCAUGGAAUUGGAUCCAUAUUUCAAUGCUGGCUACGGAUCCGUUCUGACGACUGAGGGGAACGUUGAAAUGGAGGCAAGCAUCAUGAAUGGAUCCACGUUGAGGGCUGGCUGUGCGUCACUGGUGAAAGAUAUUAUGCACCCUAUAAGCCUGGCCAGGAAGGUAAUGGACACACCGCACAAUUUUCUCGCUGGCGCAGGUGUGAUGCAAUUUGCCAAGGAGCAGGGAUUUGAAAUCCUUCAUCCUCCGGGGCAACUGGUAACCGAUUACGCACGUGAAGCGUUGGAAGAAUGGAAAGAGGAUCAUAAGAGAGGAGGCAAUCUGUUUGCGCGUACGGAAAUUGGAGCCGUAAAUAAAUACAAAAAAUCGGAAGUAGGAACGGUUGGAGCUGUUGCCAUCGAUUCCCAAGGUAACAUAGCAGUAGCGACGUCCACCGGAGGAAUAACGGGGAAAUUUCCGGGGCGAAUUGGAGAUACUCCAUUGGUUGGGGCAGGAACUUAUGCGGAUAACAAUGUAGGAGGUGUUUCCACCACCGGUCAUGGAGAAACAAUCAUGAAAUAUUGCUUAGCCCACGCCAUACUGAAAAGAAUUGAAUUACUCGGUGAAGAUGCUCAAAAAGCAACGGAAAAUGCCUGCAAAGCUAUGACCGAAAGGUUGAUCGGAACGGCAGGUGCAAUUACAAUUGAUAAGGAAGGUAAAGUUGGUGUUGCAUUUACAUCAACAAGAAUGGCUUGGGCUUAUCGUCAGAAAUCGAUGAUGAAAUAUGGCAUUGAACAAGGCCAACUCUUGGAAGAAAAAUUAGAAAAUUGAAAACUUACCGUUCAUUGUUGUCCAGUCUUCGAUAUCUGUAUCCGGAUGCAAACCAAAACAGGAUCUGAUUAAACUGCCUCUGUAUAUUACGAUUCA